GUUAUAAGUAUGAAUUAUGGCUAGAUAGUGAGGUAGAGAUGAGUGAAGGUUGUGGGGUUGAUGGAUGGCAGGACAAGAGUCAGUACAGUAAGAUAGCAGCUACCAACCGGACACUUCUCAUUCCUCUCUGCCGACCUCUUGAAGAUGACUCGCAACAGGAAGCUUCCCUCCAACUACUUCAAGUUGGUUAACCCGAUCAUCAUCAUCCUCCACACUGCGGCACUUGGCCUGCUUGUGGUGACAUACGUGGACCAUAAGUAUAUCACUCCACAACACUUGGGCCCUAUAGCUCAGUAUGCUACGCUGGUGGCCACAGAAUACAAGUUUGCCUUAAAGUUGGGACUGUUGGCAUUGGUGGGUGUACACAUCAUUGAGGCAAUGUUUGCAGUGUACAAGUGCCAGAAGCUGAGAUUAAGAACAACCACCACCAUCGCCUGGACGCUACAGACCCUCUACAUGGGGCUGUUCUCCCUGCGGUUCCUCCUGUGGCCGCAGAAACCAGCGCCUUCUACAGCAGCUGCAGCUCCUAAACAAACUGCAAAAGCAAAAGCAAAGAAGCAGAAAUAAAUUAAAAUGUUUUGCUUACAAGUUCAGUGACAGAUAUUAUCUGUGGGGACUUUUUUAUUAUAAUUUCUUAUUCCCAGUUUGAGGAGAAUUUUGUCAUAAAUAAAAUAAAACUGGACAACACUA